ACUCUUCACCGAUUCAAAAGAAUCGUUUAAGCCAUUAAAACUCUCCCCUUUCUUACUCAGACAAAUAACCCUAAAAUUGGGCCUACUUUGAAGGCUCUGUAACGCAAAAACGAGAAAAACUCUGCGAUAUUAUUGAAUAUUUUCCCAUUUAUUUGCGUAUUUUUCGAGAUAAUGAUGGCAUUAUCUCCGUCUGUCAUCAGCAAAUUCAAGCUUAAAGUCUCUGGCUCUUCACAGUUUGCAGUUUCUUUUCUGAGUUAUCUGGUGAUUUUUAGGGAAUUUUUUUGGGGUUUUAGGGCUUGUGCUCCGUGUUUUUUUGGGUAUUAGGUUUCGAUCUGGUGCAGGAUGAACGUGGUGAAGUCUCAGGUGUGGCAACCUUGUAAACGCAAGCGUUUACGCUCAGUUUGAGAAGGGAUUUAGGGAUUUGGAGUCGUGAAUUUCUAGGGUUUUGAGGGUUGAUUUUGAAUCGUUUUAAAUCAGGGCGUGAAAUUGUUUGGACGGUUCAUUUGGGGAUGAGCUUGCAAGCGAGCAAGGCUUUCAUAGAUUUUGAGCUCAAAAUUUCUAGGCUUGCGGUAAUGAAUUGUUAACUAAUUAUUUUGAAGGAGCCAAGAAAGUUUUCAGGGAAGUUUGAAGCUGUGGAUCACGAGUUACUAAUCAGUCUAUUGCAAAAAAAGUUGCAGAGGAAGGAUUUCUUUUUUUGUGGAAUUAAGCGGAUUGGAUCAUUGAGGUAUCAAUUUCUAGGGAAUUGGUUUUUACGCCAAUUGUUUCCAAGAUGAGUUUGCAGGUGACGAGAACAAGGGUGGGGAAAUAUGAGCUUGGAAGGACUCUUGGUGAGGGAACUUUUGCUAAGGUGAAAUUUGCUCGUAACGUCGAGACUGGCAAUAAUGUUGCCAUUAAGAUACUUGACAAAGAAAAAGUUCUGAGACACAAAAUGAUCGGCCAGAUAAAGCGCGAAAUAUCUACCAUGAAACUGAUCAAACACCCAAAUGUUAUACAGAUGCAUGAGGUUAUGGCUAGCAAGACAAAGAUAUAUAUUGUUAUGGAAUUUGUGACUGGGGGUGAACUAUUUGAUAAAAUUGUUAAUCAUGGAAGGUUGAAAGAAGAUGAAGCACGGAAGUAUUUUCAGCAGCUAAUUAAUGCUGUGGAUUACUGCCAUAGCAGAGGCGUUUAUCAUAGGGACCUGAAGCCAGAGAAUCUGCUCUUGGAUUCUAGUGGUGUUCUUAAAGUCUCGGAUUUUGGAUUGAGUGCAUUAGCUCAGCAAGUUCGAGGAGAUGGGUUACUUCACACAACCUGUGGAACGCCAAACUAUGUUGCCCCUGAGGUUAUAAAUGAUAAAGGUUAUGAUGGGGCAAAGGCCGACUUAUGGUCUUGCGGAGUGAUCCUUUUUGUCCUUAUGGCAGGCUACUUGCCCUUUGAGGAAUCUAAUCUCAUGUCAUUGUACAAAAGGAUAUUUAAGGCGGAUUUUACUUGCCCUUCCUGGUUCUCUUCAAGUGCAAAGAAGUUAAUAAAAAGAAUCCUGGACCCAAAUCCUAAAACUCGUGUCACAAUUGCUGAAGUUAUAGAGAAUGAAUGGUUCAAGAAGGGUUAUAAGCCACCUGUUUUUGAAACAGCGGAUGUUUCUCUCGAUGAUGUUGAUGAUGUUUUCAAUGAAUCUGGGGAACCUGGAAAUCUGGUGGUUGAGAGGAGAGAAGAAAGACCUGUCAUGAUGAAUGCAUUUGAACUUAUUUCAACAUCUCAAGGUCUCAAUCUUGGCAGUCUAUUCGAAAAGCAAAUGGGUGUUGUUAAAAGAGAGACGCGAUUCGCAUCAAAGAAGCCUGCAAAGGAGAUACUUUCGAAAAUUGAGGAAGCUGCUGGACCUUUAGGGUUUGAUGUGCAGAAACGAAAUUAUAAGAUGAAACUGCUGGCUGCAAAAGCUGGGAGGAAGGGUCAACUUUCUGUGGCGACCGAGGUUUUUGAAGUUGCACCUUCACUGUUCAUGGUAGAGCUUCGCAAGGCGGGUGGUGAUACCUUGGAAUUUCACAAGUUCUACAAGAGCCUCUCAACUGGUUUGAAGGACAUAGUGUGGAAAUCAGAGGUGAACAUGAAUGAACCAUCAUCAGAGAGCAACAAGCAAGAAACUGGCUAGAGAGAGAGAGAUGUUAAGCAUGGUGAAAAAUCCCCUGCAACUUGCCUUUUCCUAUUAUGAACUCCUUGUUUGUUCUUAGCACACUGAGACUUCGGCCUAAGCCUUUCUUACAAUUUUUUCUUAUAUGUUUCCUUUUCUAGUUGGUUUGAUAUAUCUGUAAAGGCAUUAUUAAGAUUGAUAGGAAUGGCUUUGCUGUAUUGAAGAAGGUUAUUGUUCAUAGACAAAUGGUUAUUUAUGUGCAAAAAGAAUGUUCAUAGACAAAUGGUUAUUUAUGCGCAAAAAGAUUGAUAAAUGAAGGAUCAUGCUUAGACUGAGUUCAU